AUGCGCAUUGCAACACUUCAAUUCGCGCCGAAAUUGGGCGAUGUCGAAGGUAAUAUUCGACGUGCGAAUGAGAUCCUUGCUAGAGGCAAGACCAUUUCAUCCUAUCCUCGUGGGACCUUGAAUUCUGUAUUCGGCACUUGUCUUUCAGCCGACAUUGAACAGUUGAGACCUGAUGUUUUGGUUUUGCCUGAGUUGGCGCUAACUGGCUACAACUUUCCAUCAGCAGAGGCUAUUAAACCAUUUCUUGAGCCUGCAGGGACAGGCCCCAGUGCGGAAUGGGCGCGUGAGACUGCAAAGCGUCUAAACUGCAAAGUCUGUAUUGGGUAUCCGGAGAUUGAAACUCUCAAAGAUGGCGACACUGAGUCGACGAAAUACUACAACUCUCUUCUCAUAGUCAACGAGCAUGGAGAGGUCCUUCAGAACUACCGCAAGUGCUUCCUGUAUUUCACCGAUGAGACCUGGGCUGCAGAAGGAAAUGUGGAGCGGGGGUUCCACGAGCUUGAGUUCCGUUCGCGGGAUGCACAGCGUGAAUCCGCUACUGCAGCGACCGAUCUCGUGGGCAAUAUUCGCCGAGAGGGAAAUGCAGAUGCAAGCGAGGUCAGGCAAAAGGAGAAUGAUGUACAUGUAAGGCCGGAUGCAUUAAGUUCCGAGCAAGAGCCACUAUCAUACCAGGGAAAAGUGGCGACAUCAUUCGGGAUUUGUAUGGAUAUCAAUCCUUACAAAUUCGAAGCCCCCUUCACAGCCUUCGAGUUCGCCUCCCGUGUCUUUGACUCGCGUUCUCAGCUUGUGAUUCUCUCCAUGGCAUGGCUAACCAUGCACGACCGCGCCGCCUUGGCCGCUUUGAAGGACAACCCAGAUAUGGAAACAUUCAAUUACUGGCUACAACGGUUCAUGCCCCUCAUGGAGAAAGAGAUGCAGCAUGCAAGAAAUGUGGAUGAGAAGGAUGGGGAGGCAAGAUCCCCGUCCACUCAGCUGAGACAGAAACCGAAACAGGUGGUGAUCGUCUUCGCUAAUCGAUCCGGCGAGGAGCCGGCGGCAGAUGAUACCAAGCCACCGGCGUUAUAUGCGGGGACCAGCACCGUUCUUACGGUGACGCAACGGGCCGGGUCCGAGUCACGGGAGGGAGUACAAGCGGAGAAUCAGAUGGAGGUGAAGAUCCUCUGCUGGGAUCAACUUGGUGCGCAAGAAGAAGGUAUUUGUUUCGCGGAUACUACGGCAGAUCCGAAAAUGGUGUUUGGUAUUCGUCGUGUGAAGUGA